CCCCUCCCAGCCUCGCUUCUCUACAAGGCUCAGCCUCGGCGGGCGGCGGAGGCGCAGCGCGGGGGGCCCCAGGACGUCAUCUCCGCGCGGUCGAGCCUCCGGCCCGCCCCCUGCGCGCCUUCCCUCCCCUCUCUUCCCAGUGGCCCGGCGGCGGCCGGGGCAGCGCGCUCUGACACACUCACACGCACACUCCAGCCCGCAGCCUCCUGCAGCCGGACCCCGAACAUGGCGGCUCUCAAAGUCCUCUCCUCCUGGCAACGGCUCUGGGCCUCUGCCCGCGGCUCCGGGGGCGCCUGGUCCAAGGGGUAUAUUUGCUCCUUUUCAACCAGCACAUGUCACCAUACCAAAUUUUAUACAGAUCCAGUGGAAGCUGUAAAAGAUAUCCCUGAUGGUGCAACGUUACUGGUUGGUGGUUUUGGGUUAUGUGGAAUUCCAGAGAAUCUCAUAGGAGCUUUACUAAAGACUGGAGUAAAAGGACUAACUGCAGUCAGCAACAAUGCAGGGGUUGACAACUUUGGCUUGGGCCUUUUACUUCGAUCUAAGCAGAUAAAACGCAUGGUCUCUUCAUACGUGGGAGAAAAUGCAGAAUUUGAACGGCAGUACUUAGCUGGUGAAUUAGAAGUAGAGCUGACACCUCAGGGCACGCUUGCGGAGAGGAUUCGUGCAGGUGGGGCUGGAGUUCCUGCAUUUUACACCAGCACAGGGUAUGGGACCCUGGUGCAAGAAGGAGGGUCACCAAUCAAAUACAACACUGAUGGCAGCAUUGCCAUUGCCAGCAAGCCAAGAGAGGUGAGAGAGUUUAACGGUCGGCAUUUUAUUUUAGAGGAAGCAAUUACAGGGGAUUUUGCUUUGGUGAAAGCCUGGAAGGCAGACCGAGCAGGAAACGUGAUUUUCAGGAAAAGUGCCAGGAAUUUCAACCUGCCCAUGUGCAAAGCUGCAGAAACCACAGUGGUGGAGGUUGAAGAAAUUGUGGAUAUUGGAUCAUUUGCCCCAGAAGACAUUCAUAUUCCAAAGAUUUAUGUACAUCGCCUUUUAAAGGGAGAAAAAUAUGAGAAAAGAAUUGAGCGUUUAUCACUCCGGAAAGAGGGAGAUGUAAAAACCAAAUCUGGUAAACCUGGAGAUAACGUAAGGGAACGUAUCAUCAAGCGGGCAGCUCUUGAAUUUGAGGACGGCAUGUAUGCUAAUUUGGGCAUAGGAAUCCCUCUUCUGGCGAGUAACUUUAUCAGCCCAGAUAUGACUGUUCAUCUGCAAAGUGAAAAUGGAGUCUUGGGUUUGGGUCCAUAUCCAUUACAAAAUGAAAUUGACGCAGAUCUAAUCAAUGCAGGCAAGGAAACAGUUACUGUUCUUCCAGGAGCUUCUUAUUUCUCCAGUGAUGAGUCAUUUGCGAUGAUCAGAGGGGGACAUGUUGAUCUAACAAUGCUAGGAGCAAUGCAGGUUUCAAAAUAUGGUGACCUGGCUAACUGGAUGAUACCUGGGAAGAUGGUGAAAGGGAUGGGAGGUGCUAUGGAUCUAGUGUCGAGUGCCAAAACCAAAGUGGUGGUCACCAUGGAGCAUUCUGCAAAGGGAAAUGCACAUAAAAUCCUGGAGAAAUGUACGUUACCACUGACUGGAAAGCAGUGUGUCAAUCGCAUCAUUACUGAAAAGGCUGUGUUUGAUGUGGACCACAAGAAAGGGCUGACUCUGAUGGAACUCUGGGAAGGCCUGACUGUGGAUGACAUAAAAAAGAGCACUGGGUGUGAUUUUGCAGUUUCACCAAAACUCACGCCAAUGCGACAGAUCGCAACUUGAAAUGUGGAGUAGUCAUUUGUCCCAGGCCAUGUGUUUGUCAUUUUCACCAAAUAGGAUUUCAUUGAAAGGAUGUCAGUAAGAGAAUUGUAUAUUUAACAAGCAGUUUUUGAUUAGUUUUCUUCUAGAAUCUUAUGCUUCAUGUAGCCAUAUACAGACUUUGUUCUCUCAAGUAUGCUGUGAUAUUUUAAUGAAAAAAAGAAAAUAUAUAUGAUUAUUUGUUUUAUAAGUGCUGAGAAGACUGUCUUUACAAUUGGUGCUCACAUUGGAUUUAUCUUCACCUUCUGUGCUUUGUACACUGAAUUAUGUGCAGUUUGUACCAAGAUGGGCCCUUAGGAAGAGUUUCACUGAUGUGCUUUCCCUCAUAACUAAACCAUGACAUAUAGGAAAAAAGAAUGAGGGAGAAAAAUAACUCCACCCAGAGUACACCCAAGGCAGCAUUGUGCGAGUCCUGAAAGAUACCAUAUAUGUGAAUUUUGAUCAGGAGAAAUGCUGUCUUGAUGAUUAUGUCUUUCCAUCACCCUGGUCUGACUUCUCUUUUGGAGCCCAUGAUUUUGUGAUUACAUCUUGUUUUCCUAGAGCAUCCUUCCUCCUCCCACACUUUUUAUAACUAAAUAGAUGCCAAAGGCGGCAAACAGGAAUAUCUCUGUGUGGGAGAAAUGACUGAUUCAUGGAAGAUACCAAAGGGUGGGGAGUCUGUGGGUGCUGACAUCCCACCAAGAAGUUGCCUUAUAAACCAACCAACCAACCAUCUGUGCUUUACCAAAGACUAAGGCUUAUUAUAAGAAGAGGGCUAUAAACCUGACAGAUCAAGUCAGUCUUCUCAUUUUAAAACAGUGCAGUAUUCCUGUGUAUCCAAAAGUGUCCUUGAGAGUCUUUCUUGAUGUGAUUGAAGCCUAGUGGGCUACUUGGACAAUACGCCCUCUUAAGCCAAGAGGGGUUGUGGGUAAUUUAUCAUGAAUCCAUAGUCAUGAUGACAGCAGAGUUUCAGCAAAAAAAAAAUUCUUUCUUUUCAGGCUCUUUUAUUUUUGUUCAGAAAAGUUUCUAAAUAUUGGAUGCCUUUUUCUACAGAAUGGUGUUCUUUCUUCUGCCCAAGCUACUUCCUUUAACAAAGUACUUUUAACUCAGCAUUAUCCAACUAGGGGAGAUAUGAGCAAAUCCAGGAUUUGAAGAGCAGUGAGCUUUCAUUGUUAGAAAAUAAACAUGGUGGACUGGGUUUUGUAAGGAACUUCUCCUCAGAGGUAUCCUCAGUGCCAAACAGUUGCCGGGGGGGAUUGCUUCGGAAGCAUCCUGCAUGUCACAUGGGAGAAAAAAGUUCAAGAAUCCUGAAGACAGGCCAGACAGCUGUCCUCUGGAGAGAGGUAAGCAUAGUACAGUGCAAUAUAGCAUUCCUCUGGCACCAGGUCUAGGAAUUUAUGCAUGUUUUUAGGUUAUGGUUGUCACUGAAACUCACUUUAUCUUCAGAUACAGCUACAGUUGUGUCAUUCACAGAGGGAGGAGAGAGGCUUUUUGUGAGAAGCACACUCCAUAUAUAAAAUAAUCUUUCUGGCUAGCUUCACGGUUGAAAGCAUACUCUACCACUACUGGUAAAAUGGACUCGUCUUAGAAUUUGUGAGGUCUGGAAAAUAAUAUAUAUCUAUGUUAGAGUUAUGAUU